AUGUCUCCUUCUACAACUCAUCAGCAGGCACAGCCAGAUCCGAGCGAACAGAUCAUUAGUGAUCAUCCCUUGGAUUCUGACUCAUCGUCUCUCAUCACAAACAUUCCCCAGCGCAACUCCAUUUCAAGUCUUCCAGUCAAGUCUCCCUUGAUGUCUCAUUCACGUUCCGACAGCAUUGCUAGCCGUCGCCAGUCCACUCAAGCAGGUUCUCGUGUGCAGGGCCAGGCUCAGGCCACUUUUGCAGUUCCUGAGGACGCCGAUUUCACGAACUGGGAGUUCGAUCCGGAGUUUGCCCUCCAUCUUGAUUCUUUAGCGCCCGUACAGCUUGUACCCUUCCAAGGCGGAAAUUUCCAGCAGGACGUCUAUGUUCCCUACUCACACACACAGCCACAACCGCAGUUGUACGGCAAUCAGUAUGGUACUUCGGAUACUAUUGACCCUGUUCUGUACAUGUCGCAGCCCCAGUUUCAGUACUCGCAGCCUACUGGCCUGCAGGGUACGCCGGGACUCACUGCUCUGCCGGACAUGACUGACGACGUGUUCGUGCCAAUGCCAGAUGCACAGACUGGGUCUGCGUAUCCUCAGCAAGGCAUGCAGAUGACGCACACAUACGAUGACCCAUCAGUUAUGCAGCGUUCACAGCCACAGCCAUACUAUGUCAGCCCAGACUACACACAGAGUGUGCAGCAGUAUCCUGUACAGCAAUCAGCUCAGCGACCUCGUUCCUACUCGGUCUCUGGCCGAGGCACACCCUCCCACACUCGCCCCCAAACCACAGCCCCGGCCCGAGAAGCCUACGAGUCUGAUUCUGACAGUGACCUGGUCACCAAGUCAGCACUUCCCGGCAAGAAGUCUCGCGCUGGAUCUGGUCUUUCGAGCAACAGCUCUCUUGGCAAGCAGCCUUCCACAAAAGUUGUCAAGCGAACUGGUCAGAAGCCUCAAAAGGAUAAGAAGAAGACAUGGGUGCGCAUUAACACUGCCACUCGGGGCGAGACCACGCGCACAGGUCGUAUCAACCAAGAGGCCGAGGAGGAUCGCGGGUAUUUGUACCAGCCUCUACCAGUCGGCACUUGGAGCACACCUAACGACAAGUACACAUACGAGUACAAGCACGAUGCCGUUUCCAAGCUGGACGAGCUGUUAGACAACGAGAUGUCUGCUCGGAAGAUCAUGGCUUACAUCAUGAAAUUUCCUAGUGAGCAUCUUAAGCUUUGGAUUCAGGUCACCCCAUCAGACGCGGCUCGUCGCUAUGCCUCUCAGGAGCACUCCAAGUGCUUGUUUAGUGAGUGCCCUACUCGUCAGUACAACAAGCACGGCAACAUUCAGCCCGGCCACUACCGAGUCGCCUUUGACGAGAAGUACUUGACGCUCAGGCAGCACAAGUCCAAUCCCAACAAGGCCCUCGAUCCUUAUGACUGCACUGGCUUCGUGCAUCUGACUUGUCUCGAGCGCUUCUGUGACUUUGAGGCGAUUUGCAGACAGACCAACGUCGAGGUCGACGAGCGCGAAGAGUUCCCGCGGGAGAGCUCUAUCGCUAGGUGGACCAUGGCUAAGCGCCCCGAGACAGCCCUCGCGAAGUACUUCGUGAAGGCCUGCCGGAAGGACAAGCUUCGCGAGUCAGAGCAUUUCAAGGACUAUCCUGUUCACGUGUCAUCCCGUGAGGCCAAAGACUUCGACCACACGCUGACCAAGGCUCUCGUCGAGGUCAACUCUGCUAACCGCACACGCUCACAGAAGCGCCAAUUUGUCUGCCGUAAGCUUGCCCCUGGGCAGCUCAUCAUCAACGGAGGCGAUCUGGAGGUCGCCAUGCUCGAGGAGAGGGUCAAGAAGUUGAGCUCUUUCAAGGACUAUUGCAAGACCAACAGCAUCAAGCCCAAGGACGCCAAUCUUGAGCUCUUCUACGUCGACUUCUAUGGCGGCAUUGUCAAUCGACGCAUCGCCGAGUGCAUGGCCCUCCGGAAGGAGCUCGAGGAUGAGGAUGCUGCCGGUACCUCUCGCAAGAAGGGUAAAGGCAAGGCCGCUGCUGAUCCUUCUACUCGCACCACAAAGCGCAAGGUUGUGGUUCUUGACGACGAGUCCGACUCGGAGCCAGAGUUCUAUCAGACUCGUGCUAUGCCCUCUUAUCCUCGCCGUGAGGAUUUUGACGAUCUAUACCAGCCUGGUCCUGAUGUCGAGUCCCCGCAUGGCACGCGCUCUUCUCCUCGCAAGCGCCAGCGCGUCAACUACUCCGUCGAUGCCGCCCAGCAGCAGCUGUUGCCUCCACUGCCUCCGCUACCCAACACUCCACCUCCACCUGUUGCACCACUCCAGGCGCCCGAACCGUAUGCUGACCAGGGCUACGAGGCUGCACAGAUCCCUCGCCACGAGUCUUUCUCGCAGUUCUUCGUACAGAAUGGCAGCAAAUACGACAUUGAAAACUGGGACGCACAAUCAGACGUGGUCCCGACAUCCGUACGCCGGGACUCGCUUGAGUACGCCGAGCUGAUGAAGACCCUUCUUCGUCGCAAGUCUAGCACUCUGUCUCAUGGACCACAGCACGCCGGUAUCAUGAAGCGGUCUCAGCGUAAGCCUAGCCAUGGUCGUCAGGCCAGCUUCGCCCUCCAGCCCGUCUCCGAGAGCAAAGAAUUUGCCAUGAACGACCCGCCUAGCCAGAUGGCAGCUACACCUACUCGGCGCAGCGUCCGCCUUGCUAGCCGUGGUUCGUAA